UAAAUACGGUAUUUUAUGUACCGCAGUUGGUAUUACACAAUAUUGUGAAAUAAAAGUAGCUUCUAUAUCAGUCACGCUGAUGAUCAUUAAAUAGGAACAGUAGUGUAGUUUUUGUCGUCAAAGUAUUUCCUUCCGACUUCGGAUAUAAAGAUGGCGCAGGUCGGGCAAUGGUCGCACUCUCUGUUUGGAUGUUUUGAUAAUUUUGGCACAUGCAUAAUAACUUAUUUCGUGCCAUGUGUGACGUUUGGUCAGACAGCCGAGGCUGUAGGGGAGGGAAGCUGUGUAGCAUGUG